AUGGGGGUCGAGAGCACGGCCCGAAAGUGCGCUCUACUCUUACACCUGGUUGGUCCCGAUAUCGCGGACCUCUCCGACUCGCUGCCGGAGGAGCCGGACGGCCAGGCGGCGGACGACGACUUCGUUCGACUGAAAACGAAACUGACGAAAUACCUCGUACCCACAAGAAACGUCGUUGCGGAGCGCGGCAAAUUCCAAGCGAUGGCAAUGGAAGAAAAUGAAGACCUGGAGGUGUUCCUUGGUCGUCUCCGCGCACAGGUGCAGCGCUGCGGGUACACGGCAGCGGAGGUGGAGCGAGAAUUGCGCGACCGCUGCGUGCUGGCCAGCCGCGGAGAGCUACAGCAGAAGCUGGUGCGUGAGGCGGCGGUGAAGGGAGCUGGCCUCACCCUGGAGGACGUCCGGAGGACGGCGCGUGCGUUCCGAGACGUCAAGGAUCUUGCAGCUCAGUUGGCGGGGGCGCCGGAGCCGGCGGCGGCGGGUGAGGACACAGUCCAGGCGCUGCGACGCCCGCAGCGGCCCGAGGCCGGCCGGAGCGGCGGCAGGCGCUGCUUCAAGUGCGGCGACACGGGACACCUGAAGCGGGACUGUCCUCAGCGCGGACAGGUGGCAUCCGUGGAAGAAAUCGUGAUGGCGGUGGACCAGACAGCCACACGGCGCCGGGACCGUCUGCCGCUGGUCACGGUGUCCGUCAACGGCAGGCAGAUGGAGAUGCUGGUGGACACGGGGUCCCCGGUGUCGAUCGUGGCGGUCGGCAGCAUCCCGGGACUGGAGGUGAGACCGUCCGUGAUGCAGCUCCGGUCAUUCACAGGGCAGCCGGUGCCCGUGCGCGGCGAGGCCACGGUGGAUGUGCUGUACGGCGGCCAGCGGAGGCGACUGGACGUGGUGGUGAGCAGCCAGCUGGGACACCGCCCGCUGCUGGGGCGGGACUGGCUGCAGGUGAUCCGGCUGGACUGGCGGUCACUGUUCCAGGUCAGCGAGGUCGGCGGGGCAAGCGGCCGGCGGACGCUGGAGUCGGUGAAGGCGGCGCACGCGCAGGUGUUCGCGGACGGGCUCGGUGUCAUGAGUCACCAGGCGCACCUGACGCUGAAGCCGGGCGCUGUGCCGCGGCGGCUGCCACCGCGCCCGGUGCCGUACGCGCUGCUGCCGCAGGUGGAGGCUGAGCUGGACCGGUGGGUCAGAGACGGCAUCGCCAGGAAAGUGGAUCCGUCGGAGACGAGCUCCGGCUGGGGCACACCACUGGUGCCGGUGCCGAAGCCGGGAGGCGGCGUGAGGCUCUGUGCGAGCUACAACCUCACGGUAAACCCGCAGCUGAUAGUGAAAAACCAUCCACUGCCGAAGCCAGAAGACGUGUUCGCGGGAGUGAGCGGCAAGCUCUUCUGCAAGCUGGACCUCAAGCACGCGUAUCAGCAGAUGCCGCUGGACGAGGAGUCGCAGCCGAUGACGACCGUCAGCACGCACAAGGGCGAGUUCGUCAUGCGGCGGCUGCCGUUUGGAGUGGCCAGUUCCGGCGCGCUGUUUCAGGAGGCAAUGGACCGGGUCCUGGAGGGACAAGACGGGUGCAGGUGCUACCUGGACGACCUGUUGGUGUUCGGGGAGGACGAACAGCAGCUUCUACAGCGUCUGGAUGAAGUCCUGGGAAGGCUGGAGCGACAGGGGCUGCGGCUGGCGGCGCAGAAAUGUCAGCUGGCGGUGUCGGAGGUCGAGUUCCUGGGAUGGAAAGUGACUGCGGACGGCAUCGCCCCGACUGAUGGCGGCGUAGCGGCGGUGCUGCAGGCGCCGGAGCCGAAGGAUGUGAGCCAGCUGAGGUCACUGCUCGGCUCAAUCACCUACUUCGGACGCCUGCUGCCGGACCUGUCCACGGUGCUGGCGCCGCUGUACCGGCUGACGAAGAAGGGCGUGCCAUGGGAAUGGUCACAGAAGUGCGCCGAGGCGGUCAACAAGGUCAAGCAGAUGCUGACGAGCCCGCCGGUGCUUAUGCGGUACGAUCCGGACCUGCCGCUGAAAUUGGUGACCGAUGCCAGCAGUGUCGGCGUCGGAGCGGCGUUGGUGCACGUGACACCGAACGGAGCAGAGAGACCCGUGAUGUACGCGUCACGGACACUGACAGCAACCGAGAGGAAGUACGCUCAGGUCGAGCGAGAGGCGGCAGCCGUGUCGUAUGGCGUGAGCAGAUUUCAUCGCUUCAUCUACGGACGGCGUUUCACGCUGGUGGUUGACAACCGCGCCCUCUCGCGGAUCCUGAGCCCCGACAGGGACCUACCGAGCCUGGCGGCGGCCCGCCUGCAGCGGUACGCGCUGCAGCUGGCCGCGUACUCGUACAACGUGGAGCUGCGGCGCUCGGAGCAGAUGCACGUGGCCGACAGCCUGUCACGGCUGGCAGUGCCGUGCUCAGGCACGGAGCUGAAGGAGAUCGAGGCGGAUGCGGUGACCGGCAGCUACCUGAUGUUCCUGGACGGCGUGGCGCCGGCGCUGACAGCGAGAGAGCUGGCGGCAGCAUCAAGACGGGAUCUGGUGCUGGCGAAGGUGCUGGCGUUCGUGCGCGGCGGCUGGCCCGCGACCGUGGAGCCGGAGCUGGAGCCGUUCAGGCGCCGCCGGGAAGAGCUCACCACCGACGGAGAGUGCCUCGUGUGGGGCGGUCGCGUGGUGGUGCCGCGGCGGCUGCAGGCGGCAGUGAUGCGGGAGCUGCACGAGGGGCACCUCGGCAGCUCGAAAAUGAAAAACCUGGCGCGCCGGUAUGUGUGGUGGCCGGGUCUGGACGCGGAACUGGAGGGGCUGGCGCGCGACUGCGUCAGCUGCGCGGAGAAGCGCAGCGCGCCGCCCCGCAGUGAGCUGCACCCCUGGGAGCCGGCGGGAGGGCCCUGGGAGCGCAUUCACAUCGAUUACGUCGGCCCGUUCCAUGGAAAUAUGUACCUGAUAGUGUAUGACAGUUACACUAAGUGGCUCGAGGCGGUUCCAAUGCGUGACACGGGCAGUGAGGCAACGAUCAACGAGCUGCGAGCGAUGUUCGCGCGGUUCGGCAUCCCACGGCAGGUGGUGUCUGACAACGGACCGCAGUUCACAGCGGCCCAGUUCGUGCAGUUCCUGGCGCUGAACGGGGUGCGGCAGGUGCGUGUUGCACCGUACCACCCGAGUAGUAAUGGAGCGGCUGAGCGGGCCGUUCAGACGGCAAAGAACGGCCUGAAGGCGGCGCUGCGAGACGGGGGCCCGCUGUCUCGGAGGCUACAGAAGUUCCUGUUGGCCUACCGUGCGGCGCCGCACGCCGUGACCGGACGGUCGCCGGCCGAGAUGCUGCUGGGACGGAAUGUCCGGACACGCCUGGACCUGCUGCGGCGAGACCCGGAGGAGCGGAGCAGAGACCAGCAGCAGCGCCAGUGGUCGGCAGCCGGCGGACAGCCGAGAAAAUUCAACGUCGGCGACGCGGUGUGGGCGCGGAACUACGGCGGACCACACAAGUGGAAGCGAGGCGCGGUAGCGGCGCAGACAGGCCCCGUCUCCUACGAGAUUGACGUCGGGAGCGCGCUGUGGUCGCGGCACGCAGACCAGCUGCUGGCGGCUGGACCGACCGGACCGGCGGGAACGACCGGAACGGAGGCACCGGACGGGAGCCGAGCGGCAAACGGGAGCGCGGCGGACGCCCGCUGGGACCGGAGCGCAGCGGACGCCCGUUGGCACCGGAGCGCAGCAGUCGCCGAAGGAGGAGCAGGAGAGGAAGCGAGACACGCGGCGAGAGGCGGCGGCGGUAGGCCGGACGAGCGCGGAGAAGCGGGAGCCGUCCCCGGAACUGCCCAGGAUGGCAGUGCCGACGAGCCGGAGCAGGCGAGCGGCGGGGGCGGGGCGCAAGAUGAGACGGGGGGCAGACGGCGGUCUGAGCGGCGACCGAUGCCGCCCAAGCGCCUCAUCGAGGAAAUGUGA